UUCACUUCGGCAUUUCACACGAAUUGCGAAUAGCAUAGCAACACCAACCCAUUCCCUAGCGGUUUGUGUACGCGUUUUAUUUGAUUUAAAAUUUAUUGGAGUGGAGAAGUUGCGGUCUGGAAAAAGUGUGUAAACUUGUUCUCUAACAUUAAUCUCUUAUUAUACUUUUUACAUUUACUAAAAUGAGUGAGGUUGCUUGCAAGAAAAAUGAUGUUGAAAAUUCAAAACGCCUAAAAACUAACCUGACAUUUUGGUCGCCGUUGAACGAUAGUUUUGGUUUACCAGAUAAAAAAUCAAAGUGUACAUGGACAAGAAACUGUAAUAAGGAGACAACGCCACAUAGUACUCACGAAUGGAAACGAACUUCAAAAAUAUUGCCAGAUAUUCUUGCCGCUAUCGGAAAUACUCCUUUAGUAAAACUAAACAAAAUACCAAAAGCGGCAGGAUUAAAGUGUAAUGUGUAUGCAAAAUGUGAGUAUUUUAAUCCUGGCGGUUCGGUAAAGGACCGCAUCGGCCUUCGGCUGGUGGAAGAUGCCGAACAGCAAGGCAUCUUAAAACCAGGUUGUACAAUUAUCGAACCGACAUCUGGAAACACCGGCAUAGGUGUUGCCCUUGCUGCUGCCGUAAAAGGGUAUAGAUGUCUCAUUGUAAUGUCGGAGAAGAUGUCAAACGAAAAAGUAUCAGUCUUGUUAGCACUUGGAGCCGAAAUUGUCAGAGUACCCGUUACCGCAGCUUCCGACGCUCCAGAUGGCAUGUUUGGAGUAACGCACAGGAUGAGAAAGGAGAUUCCAAAUUCCGUGAUUUUGGAUCAGUAUUCAAAUCCAUCUAAUCCUCUGGCUCAUUACGACACCACAGCUGAGGAAAUUUACGAUCAAUUAGAUAAGAAGGUCGAUAUGAUAGUACUUGGGGCAGGUACAGGCGGAACUGUUGCUGGUAUAGGCAGGAAAUUCAAGGAAAUUUCGCCGGACACGGUAAUCGUUGGCGUUGAUCCUGAAGGUUCCAUUUUAGCACAGCCAGAAAAAUUGAACGAGAGCGACGUAACAUUCUAUGAAGUGGAGGGUAUAGGUUACGACUUUAUACCGACUGUUUUGGAUCGAUCGGUGGUUGACGAGUGGGUAAAAACGAACGAUAAGGAGUCUCUUCCCAUGGCUAGAAGGUUGAUUAAAGAGGAAGGAUUGUUGGUCGGUACUAGCUCGGGCGCUGUAUUAGUCGCUACACUAGAAGCAGCGAAGGAUUUGAAAGAGGGUCAAAACGUGGUGGUCAUUAUGCCCGAUAGUAUCAGAAACUACAUUACGAAGUUUAUAUCGGACCAGUGGAUGGAGGCAAGAUCACUUAAGCCUUGCGUUAACACGCAGAAUCAUUGGUGGUGGGAUAUUAAAGUUUCGACUUUGGAAUUGGAAAAAUUGCAAUCGGUCACCACCGCGAUGACGUGCGAAAGGGUUUUGCAUCUAAUGAAGAAAAUGGGCGUUGAUCAAAUACCGGUUGUUGAUGCUAAUGGUGGCAUCGUUGGCGUGGUAACUUUGCAGAAUCUCAUGACGAAACUCCUAGCCGGGACGGUACAGUCGAACGAGAACACGGAUAAGGUGAUCGUCAGGAUCUACCCGAAGGUGUACAAAACAGCUAAUCUUGGUCUCGUAUCGAGAAUCUUGGAAAAGGAAUCAUAUAUUUUAUUGUUAGAAAAGCAAGGUACUGGCAGCUCGCAGAUUGAAAAACCAUUAGGGAUAAUAACACCAAUUGAUCUACUUCAGUAUAUUUCUAAGAAUCAAAAGGAUAAAUAGAUUAACUUGUGUAGUUUUAACAUACAACACAUUUUUUUUUUGUUUUUAUCCUCAGAGGGUACAGACAAAAAGAAAGCACCGUUGUACCAAAUUGAAUAAGUAUAAACAGUACAAUGCAUUUAAUGAACAAUUUUAAUUGUAUAAUAAAGACAAUUUUAACUUUU